UGUCUGUUUCUUUCUGUUGUGCGGAUAAAACAUAAAUGAAUAAUGUUGAAGAGGUGUAAUUUUUAGUACGUAUUUUUUAAUGUGGGACAGAGAUGUAUUUUUUCAUAUUACGAAACUCUUAGUUUGUCAAUAAAAUUUUAAUAAUGACCAGUCCACACUUUUUAGUGGGCAUCGGAACUGCAUUUGUUUUACUGAAUGUUUGUUUUGUUUUGUGUAAUGAAAGGAAGCCGAUAAUUGAAGAGGUGACAUGUGGACCGGAGAUGUUCCAGUGUGGGAGUGGCCAGUGUGUGCCGGAGAGGUGGCACUGUGACGGUAUGCCUGACUGUCCUGACGGCACUGACGAGUCAUCGGACUGUGUGCCCCAGAUGUGCAGACCAGGUCAGUUCCAGUGUGCCGGGAGCCAGAAGUGCAUACCGAUGGGUUGGAUCUGUGACGGGGAACCUGACUGUGGCGCCUCCGUGGAGCAAGUGGACAACUCUGAUGAGGACCCUCAUAGAUGUCAGCGAGGCAGCCUGUGUCUCUACAACACUGCUAGGUGUAAGGAAGGCGAGUGUCUGGCGAUAGACAAGUUUUGCGACGGACAUCCGGACUGCCACGACGGGAGUGACGAGGGACCUCAGUGUAACAGACAAGGGUGUUCCACCCUGAAGUGUUCCCACGGAUGCAAAAUCACCCCUAGUGGCCCACUGUGUUUCUGCCCCACAGGACAACAACCCAACAAAACAAAAUGUGUUGAUCUGAAUGAAUGUGAGAUCGACGGCUCAUGCGACCAGCUUUGCACCAACACAGAAGGAUCUUUCAGCUGUGCCUGUGUAGCAGGGUACACUAGAUCCAACCGGACUCACUGCAAAGCUAUUAAUUACCCUACGGACGAAGAGGCUAGCCUAGUGUUCAGCAGCACGAUGGACAUCCGCAGAAUAUACCUCAACGGCUCAGCAUGGCCGGGACACAGCAGUAUCAGUCAGCUGCAGACGUUAGCGUUGGAGUUCAACCAUCGCAACCGCACACUUUGUUACAUCCGCAACAACGGCACGUCCGCGUUGCUCAGUUGUGCCGACAUUGACGAUCUGUCUAUCACGUGGGACCUGCCGCCACCCACCAUGUUCCCUCUCUACGCCAACACACACGUAGCUCUGGAUUGGAUCUCUGGCAACUGGUAUUUCCUGGACGACAGCAGAGAGAUGAUAUUCGUCUGCACGUCGUCCAUGAAACACUGCCUUAUCUUGAUUGACGUCAACCUAAGCAAACCUCGAGGCAUCGCUUUGGACCCCACUAGAGGCUACAUGUUCUUCACCAAGUGGGGUGUGACGUCACCCAUGCUGGAGAGGGCGUUGCUAGACGGAAGUGAACGCAAGACGCUGGUGGAUCACAAGAUAGUGUAUCCGUAUGGAGUAACCAUAGACUACCCAACACAACAUGUCUACUGGGUGGACACCUACUUGGACUUUGUAGAGAGAGUGGACUAUGACGGGUCCAACCGACGGACCAUCCGGAAGGGGUUCCCGGUUCAGAACUUGUACGACGUUACGUUACUGGAGAACAACUUGUUUGUGACGUCAUGGCGCAACCAAAGCAUCAUCAGACUGGACAAGUUCAACACAGAGAAUCAUCAGACAGUCACCAACAUCAGCAGACCCUUCGCUAUACAUGUGUUCCAUCGUCAGAGACAGCCUGACGCUGAUCAUCCAUGCAAGAAGGACAACGGAGGAUGCCAACAUAUCUGUAUUCCCGCGUGGAAGAAGAACAUCGCCCAGGCACAGUGUCUGUGUCAGCCGGGCUAUAGACUGGUCCGCAGCAGAAAAUGUGUUGUGGCCAAGCAGUCCUCGUUCCUGCUGUAUGGCAAAGGCCGGCCGGGUAUGAUCAAAGGUAUCUCCAUGUUGCCCAAACUGAACAAACACGAGGAGGAGAUGAUCCCCAUCACCGAUCUGACCCGGCCCACAGCACUGGACUACGACGUGAAGACACAGUUCAUCUACUACUCUGACGGACAGAAGUUCGUCAUAGACAGACAGAAGAUGGACGGGUCCAAGAGAGAGACGGUGGUUGAGCGAGGAGUCAGCAACUGUGAAGGACUAGCCGUAGACUGGAUGGGACGCAACCUCUACUGGACUGACGAGGGUCUUAGUACGAUCAGCGUGUGUCGGAUGGACCAACCAAACUACAGACGCACUCUCAUACACGACCACAAGUUCCACCCACGCGCCAUUGCGUUGGAUCCUAAAAAAGGCCUGAUGUAUUGGUCGGACUGGUCAACCUCGACAGAGCCGAUGGGAAAGAUCGAGAGUGCUUGGAUGAACGGAGAGAACCGAAAGGUGUUUGUCGACUCGGAACUUCAGUGGCCUAAUGGACUGACGAUCGAUUACUUCACCCGCAAGCUGUAUUGGUGUGACGCUUACCUUGACAAGAUUGAGAGGAUAAGUCUAGACGGAACCGAACGUCAGGUUGUAUUUCAAGGUUCCCAGCUGGAUCAUCCGUACGGCCUUGCUUACUACGAGAAUCUCCUGUUUUGGACGGAAUUCCAAAAAGGAACCGUAGAAAGUCUGAACUUGGCUAACAACACGGUGACAACUCUGACUACAGAAAACCCUCCUCUGUUUGAGAUCAGGGUGUUUGACAACAGCACGCAGACUGGCACCAACUUGUGUUUCGACUCUCUCAAGUGUAACCAGCUGUGUUUGGCCACGCCGAACGGUCCUGUGUGUUCGUGCAAAGACGGAUUCAGUGCUGCCAACACGAGGUGUGUGCCGCAAGCCAACUAUACACAGCCCUCCGACUGCGGCCCACAGGAGUUCCAGUGUACCAAGAAUCUGCGAUGCAUUGACAACCGGUUUGUCUGCGACGGAGACGACGACUGCAACGACGGCUCUGAUGAGUCUGUCGAACCUGGCGGGGCUUGUGAGACACAUCCCUGCAGAGAGAACCAGUUCCUGUGUGACGGUACGUUGUGUAUCAGCAACUACUGGGUGUGUGAUGGUGACAAGGACUGCAAGGAUGGCACUGAUGAGCUACAGAGCCAUUGCGUCAACACCACUUGUAGUCCGUCCCAGUUCACCUGCGCGCAGAGUCGCAGGUGUAUUCCGAAGGCCUGGGUGUGUGACCUUGAGGUGGACUGCGGCGACGGCGACAGUUCCGACGAGAAACAAAACUGUAAGUUUGCGGAAUGUGAUCCGUGGGAGUUCACGUGCAACAAUCGCCUGUGUAUUCCUCUAGAUUACGUGUGUGACUCGGACAACGAUUGUAGAGACGGAAGUGAUGAGAAAUUCUGUCAAGAGAUCUGUGAUAACAGCACCCACAUUUACUGUGCAGCCGAUUCAACGUGUCUGCCACUAGAGAAGAAAUGUAACGGUUUAUAUGAUUGCUCCGACGGCUCGGACGAAGCGAAAUGUGGAAACACCGAUAAAGAGGGGAAGAACAAAGAGACAAAAGAGUCAAAACAUAGGAAAAAGGAACAGUCGAUGUGUGAAAAGAACGAGUUCCAGUGUAAAGAUGUCGCACGGACGUGCAUCAGGAAACAGUUUGUCUGUGAUGGGAGGAACGAUUGUUUGGACGGUUCAGAUGAAUUGAACUGCGAUGACAAGGCGUGUAAGGGUAGUCAAUGCAAGGGUGCGACCACCACACCAGCACCUUUAACCACUAGCUGUGUGCGACCGUCGCGACUGUGUGACAACGGCACAGUGUGUGUCGCACCUGAGCGGCUGUGCGACGGCAAGUACGAUUGUAAGGACCUCAGCGACGAGGGAAUGAGAUGUGAUGAGAACAUGUGCGGGUUCUCCGUUGAGUGUUCCCAUACGUGUCACAACGCUCCAGAAGGCUUCACUUGUUCCUGUCCUGAGCCGCUACACUUGCAGAGCGACGGGGUGACGUGCAAUGAGUCGCCUCCGUGCGACGGCUGGGGAGUGUGCUCUCAGGGGUGCCAACCUGUCGGGCGACACCACUACAAGUGCACCUGCAACAGCGGCUACAUACUGGAGGCAGACGACUUCAGCUGCAAGAGCAAUCUGACUGUUGUGCCAUAUGUGAUAUUCAGCAACAGACACGAGUUACGAGGAGUUGAUCUUCAGACGUUCAAUGUCAAAGCACUGAUAUCCAGCCUCAAGAACACCAUUGCGCUGGACUUCUAUCACACACCUGAAGCUGACAUUAUCUUCUGGACGGACGUCAUAGACGACAAGAUCUACCGGGGAACUCUCAUUGGGGGAUCACUGGGCAAUAUAGAGGUGGUGGUACAGACAGGCCUAGCUACAGCCGAGGGACUGGCCGUGGACUGGAUAGGAGAGAACCUGUACUGGGUGGAGAGUAACCUGGACCAGAUAGAAGUGGCGAGGCUCAACGGCAGCUUCCGCCGGACACUCAUAGCUGGGGAGAUGGAGUCUCCUAGGGCUAUAGCACUGGAUCCUAGAUACGGGCUGCUGUUCUGGACGGACUGGGAUGCCAACGGGCCGCGUAUCGAGCGCUGCAGCAUGAGUGGAGAACAUCGCAGCAUUGUGAUCCAUGUAGACGAGGUCACUGACGGAGCUUGGCCUAACGGACUCACGCUGGACUAUCAGCUGCGGCGGAUAUACUGGAUAGACGCAAGAUCGGACUCUAUACACACAGCGCUGUAUGAUGGAGCAGACCAUCGCGAGGUGAUGAGGGGUCAUGUGUCUCUGUCUCAUCCGUUCGCCAUCGCGCUGUUUGAGAACCACGUCUACUGGACGGACUGGCGCACCAACUCUGUCAUCCGAGCCAACAAGUGGAACGGCAGCGACAUCACCGUGAUGCAGCGGACGCUCACGCAGCCCUUCGACAUCCAGAUACUUCAUCCUAGCCGGCAGCCAAGAGAUGUCUACAAUCCCUGCGGAGUCAACAACGGGAACUGCUCUCACUUGUGCUUACUAAACAUCAACUCUACAAGGAAGUGCGACUGUCCUCACGUCAUGAGACUGUCUGAUGACGGUGUUACUUGUGUCGUAAAUGAACGAGUCCUCCUGUUUUCAAGAGCAAACGAGAUCCGAGGUGUGGAUUUGGCUCAGCCGUAUUACCACACAAUUCCCACCAUCAGUUUGCCGCAGGUACUACAGCCUACACAGCUAGACUAUGUGGCGGCCCACAAGGCUAUAUACUGGGCAGACGGACAAGUCAACGAGGUCCGAAGAGCAGCUCUCACUGGAGGCACUACCUACAGCAUCAUUGAUACUGGAAUCGACCACCCGAUGGGGUUCGCAGUGGACUGGAUCUCUCAGAACUUGUACGUCACUUCCAGCAACAACAAUGUGAACAAGAUACUAGUGUGUACGCUGGAAGGGGAGUAUAUCACUACGGUGUACCAGGCUGACCAACCCUCCGCAGCGGAGGUCAACGACGGAGCCUUCUGGGAGAUCCGCUCUCUAGCCAUUGACCCUCUGAGAGGUAAGAUGUAUUGGAGUCAGGUGUAUCCAGGGGGUGUCAACUCCAUCAUGGCAGCUAGGAUGGACGGGAGCGAUUCUCACAUGCUGGUCAGCCAACGGGACUACAAGAUACUGGCUGGAGUCUCUAGUCUUGUGGUGGAUUACAAAGACAACCGGUUGUACUGGGUGAACACGGAGAGCAACACCAUCCAGUUCUACGACUUUGUGCUGCUGAUAGUGAAAGACAUACAUCUGUCUGAAGGGGUCAGUCCGACAGCAGCUGUGGUGUAUAAUGACACUCUGUACUACGCUGACCACGCUGAGGAAGCGAUACACGCAGUGGACAAGAACGACGGAAGCAACCACUACGUCGUCAGGAACAACACUGGUAGUAUAUUGUCCAUCAAGAUCUACGACCCACAGUCCCAGCAGGGAGAGAACGCCUGUUCCAUCAACCGAGGGAACUGUUCUCACCUGUGUUUGCCUAUCUCGGCCAAUAAGAGAGUCUGUCGCUGCGCCACUGGCUACACUCCCGACCCCGCGGACUCUACCAAGUGUGUCGGCACUGAGGAGUUCCUGUUGUAUUCUAUCAACUGGGAAGUAAAAGGUCUUAGUCUUGAGUCCAACCACACAGACGGUCAGGUUCUUGGACCCAUAUCCAGAGUGUCCAUGGCUACUAGUAUAGACUUCCAUGCAGGAAGUGACUAUAUCUACUGGGCGGACAGCGACCACGGGACUGUAACCAGGAUACAUCGAGACGGAACGGGACGCGAGGCAGUCGUAGAGCACUUUGAAACUAUGGAUAGUGUUCCAGUGGACUGGCUUACUGGUCUGGCUGUUGACUGGAUUGCAGACAAUCUCUAUUGGACCGAUCCCAAGCUGAACGUAAUUGAAGUUAGUCGUGCGGACGGCAGCAGUAGGUUUGUGGUGGUGCCCGGUGGCCUAGACACUCCCCACUCCCUGGCGCUGGACCCGGCGCGAGGGCUACUCUUCUGGAGUGACAUCGGCAAGACGCCUCGCAUCAGCCGUGCCGGCCUCGAUGGGUCCAAUGUCAUGACUGUCCUUACACUGAGCUCUGGAUCAAUCAACGACAUUGCUCUUGACUUGGAUGAAGGCAAGGUUUACUGGUGUGACUCCAGCAGUGACGUUAUAGAGAGAGUCAACUACGAUGGCACGGGACGUGAGUUGCUCCUCAACCACUCCCUGGACAGCCCCUUCGCACUCACACACCACGACCACAAACUCUACUGGAUCGACAUCACACAUGAGAGAGGCAGUAUCAAGGUUGCGCCGGACACCAACUUGUCGGACUUCACGGUGUUGCUGCGCGGGGUCGGCGACUCACUCAAGGAUCUGGUCAUCUUCAGCCCUCGCCGCCAGACUGGUACCAACCCUUGCGCGGUUAACAACGGAGGUUGCGCUGAGCUGUGUCUCUACAACGGCACGAGUGCUAUAUGUGCCUGCGCUCACGGACUGGUGGCGGCCGACGGCAAGAACUGCACGGAAUACGACAGUUUCCUGAUGUACUCCAGAGUGGUGCGGAUAGACAGUGUACACAUCUCUGAUGAACAUAACCUCAACGCGCCUUACCCCAGCAUCCAGUCCAAGGAGCUGAUGAGGAAUGCUAUCGGUCUCACCUACGACUAUGAGAGAUCCACUCUUUUCUACUCCGACAUUCAGCAAGGAUCUAUCAAUGCGGUUAUGUUCAACGGCAGCAACCAUCGUCAGAUCGUUGAGCGUUUGGGCUCAGUGGAAGGUUUGGCGUACGAGGCGAUCGACAACAUGCUGUACUGGACAUGCAACAACGACGCAACCAUCAACAAGGUGAAUCUGAGUGAGAACUGGGGCAGCCUCAAACCCGAGACAAUCAUCAAGCUGGGUCCGAGUGACAAGCCGAGGGGCAUCGCCGUGGACAGCUGCGACUGGAGAAUGUACUGGACGAACUGGAACUCCCAUCACCCUUGCAUCCAGAGAGCGUUCCUUACCGGAUACGGACAGCAGUCCAUCAUCACUACGGACAUACGCAUGCCUAAUGCUCUCACACUCGACCACUCGGCCAAGAAACUAUACUGGGGCGACGCUCGGCUCGACAAGAUAGAGCGGUGCGAGUACGACGGCACUAAUAGAGUGGUACUUGCCAGAGUGACGCCUCAGCAUCCGUUUGACAUGGCCGUGUACGGAGACUUGCUGUUCUGGACGGACUGGGUGCAACAUGCUGUGAUACGAGCCAACAAGUACACAGGGGCCGACGUGGUGUGGCUUAGAAAGGACGUGCCUAGACCAAUGGGCAUUGUGGCCAUAUCCAACAACUCCAUGGAUUGUUUCAAAGAUCCUUGCCGAUUGAAAAACGGCGGUUGCGAGGACCAAUGCCACUUGUGGGCCAACGGUACGAUGUAUUGCGGCUGCAACGACAACAGAGCGCUGCUGCCCGACGGGAAGAGAUGCGCGACUGUCAACACACCCAACUGUACAGAGGAAGAGUUCCAAUGUUCGGACCGUGGAUGUAUCCCGUACCACCUGACUUGCGACAGUCUGCCUCAGUGUAUGGACUCGAGUGAUGAGGACGAGACUUACUGCAGUAUGCGCACGUGUCGCAGUGGCUAUUUCAAAUGUCAGAACAACCGUUGUAUCCAGCGUACCCGGCGGUGUGACGAUGUCAACGACUGUGGUGACGGGUCCGAUGAGCUGGACUGCUCCUGUGAUUCGACCACUCACUUCCAGUGCGCUGCUGGGCCGUGUAUACUGGUCAAGUUCCGCUGCGACGCCGAUCCCGACUGUCCUGACGCAACUGAUGAGAUCGACUGCCCACUACGUAACUGCACCAAUGACAUGCCUGAUCACGAUGUGAUCAACUGCAACCACACAACUGCGUGUAUUCAUCCCUCGUGGAUUUGUGACGGACAGAACGAUUGUUGGGACAACAGCGACGAGCAAGACUGUGACCAUCACACCUCUAGCACGCUGAUGCCCCAUUGCCCCGCAAACAAGUUCCGCUGCGACACUGGUCUGUGUAUCACGCUGGCGUGGAAAUGUGACGGAGACGACGACUGCAACGACAGCCACGAUGGCCUGACCAGCUCAGACGAGCGUAACUGUACCUACCACUGCAGGUCAGAUCAGUUCCGUUGUCACAACAGUGAGUGUAUCCCAGUGACUUGGCAGUGUGAUGGCACAGAGGACUGUACUGACGGCUCUGAUGAAACCGAAUAUUGCGCUACCAGGACUUGUCCACAGUCAGAGUUCAGAUGUAACGCUACAGGCCGCUGUAUUCCCUGGGCUUGGGUGUGUGACACAGAGGAUGACUGCGGAGACAACUCCGACGAGAAUCUCCGCCAGGACUGUCUCUCCUACGACCCUUCGCCUUGCAUGGACACUCAGUUUAUGUGCAGCAACCGCAAGUGUAUUACGAAGGAAUACUUCUGUGACGGAGACGACGACUGUGGAGACGGCAGCGAUGAGCCGAUAACUUGCGGCCACAACGUCAAGUGUUCCAGCAAGGAGUUUGCCUGUCGUAACGGCAAGUGUAUCAACUCUGCUCUGAUUUGCAAUGGAGUCGACGACUGUGGAGAUAGUUCUGACGAAGAUGUCGACAAUCACGAAUGUUACAACAUGAACUGUGUGGGCGAUGAUGUGUUCCAAUGUGCCAACGGAUUGUGUAUCAAUGCAACGUUGUUGUGUGACCGAGAGAAUAACUGCGGAGAUUAUAGUGAUGAGGAAAAAUGCAACGUCAACGAGUGUGAGACUACCAACCCCUGCGCUCACAUCUGUAAGGACCUGAAGGUCGGCUACGAGUGUGUGUGCCGUCCAGGGUUCAAGAUACACCCGGGCAACCUGAACCUGUGUGUAGACGUGGACGAGUGCGAGGAACACAAGUGCUCUCAGAUAUGUCGCAACACGUACGGCAGCUACAGCUGUUCUUGUGUGGAGGGAUACCUUCUGCAGGCCAACGGACACUCCUGCAAAGCUGACUCUGCUGUGCAGCCGAAGCUGAUCUUCUCCAACAAGUACUACAUCCGAGAGUUGGAGAUGAACGGACACACGACUCUCUUGGCAAACAACCUAACCAACGCAGUGGCCGUGGACUUUGACUGGCAGGAGCAGUGUAUCUACUGGUCUGACGUCACUGCGCUUUCUAGCUCCAUCAAGCGUUUCUGUCACAACGACACUUCGUAUCAGACGCUACACUCAGCGACGCUGCAGAACCCUGAUGGUCUGGCAGUUGACUGGGUCGGUCGGAACCUCUAUUGGUGUGACAAGGGACUGGACACUGUGGAGGUGUCUAAGCUGGACGGUCGAUACCGCAGAGUCAUCAUACGCGAGGGUCUGCAGGAGCCUCGUGCCAUCGCUCUGGAUCCUCGGCUAGGGUACCUGUACUGGACUGACUGGGGAGACCGACCUCACAUAGGCAAGGCAGGAAUGGACGGCAGUAAUCCUCAUGUCAUCAUAGACAAGGGUCUGGGCUGGCCCAACGCACUCACCAUCUCAUACGAGACCAACGAACUGUUCUGGGCGGACGCUAGAGAAGACUACAUAGCGUCUUCGGACUUAGACGGCAAUUCCAUACGGAAACUCAUGAGCAGAGGAGAAACGCCAGAUCUACGACUACAUCAUGUGUUUGCCAUCGCCGUGUUUGAAGACCACAUCUACUGGACUGACUGGGAGACAAAGUCUGUAGAGAGAUGUCCCAAGUACAGUGCUACCAACUGCAGCACACUUACUACGACUGUGCAUCGACCCAUGGAUAUUCACAUAUACCACCCGUACAGACAACAACCUGUGUCGCCCAACCCUUGUGAGAACAACGGUGGCUGCGCCACUCUCUGCCUGGUGGCGCCGGGCGGCUCACACUCGUGUAUGUGUCCAGAGAACUACGCCCUGGCCAACGACGGAAGGACGUGUGACGCUAACUGUAGCAGCUCACAGAUCAAGUGCGAGUCUACCUACAAGUGCAUCCCGUUCUGGUGGAAGUGCGACACACAGGAUGACUGUGGGGACGGGUCAGAUGAGCCGGCUGACUGUCCUCCGUUUGAGUGUCUGCCAGGGCAGUUCCAGUGUCAUAAUCAUCACUGUAUACAUCCAUCACAGCUGUGCAAUGGCGAAUACGAGUGUCCCGACAAGUCUGACGAACUCGACUGUGACAAUUACACAUGCAUGGACACACAGUUCAAGUGUCAAGGUAACGCCACUACGCCAGGCUUCUGUAUAGCCUCCACCAAACGAUGUGACGGCUUCAAAGACUGUCCGGCAGGAGAAGACGAGCAGAAUUGUCUGGACCAAACCUGUCCUGUGGAUAAGUUCCAUUGUGAAACCAAGAAGUGUAUACCAUCUGUUUGGGUGUGUGACGGAGACAACGACUGUGGUGACAACAGUGACGAAGGAAUCCUGUGUGUCAACCGCACUUGUCCCCAUCCGGGGCUCAUGUUGUGUGAGUCCGGACGGUGUAUCCCGGAGUCCUGGAGGUGUGACGGGACUACGGACUGUCCCGGGGGAGAAGACGAGCCUCCCACCUGCUCCGACCCAACCGUCCACACUUGUGACCCGACCUACUUCAAGUGUAAUAAUAACAGAUGUAUCCCAGGCCGCUGGCACUGCGACUACGACAACGACUGCGGGGACGGUUCUGACGAAGAGAACUGCGAACCUAGACCUUGUUCUGAGGCUGAGUUCCAAUGCAAGGAUGGUCGCUGUAUCAGGGAUCUGCUGCGUUGUGACGGACAAUACAACUGUCCGGACCACAGCGAUGAGAACGACUGCAACACUACGUGUUCUAGCAAAGAGUUCCAGUGCCGCAGUCCCAAACACUGCAUAUUCAUAGAGUGGCAAUGUGACGGUGACGUGGAUUGUUCCGACGGGUCAGAUGAGAUGGACUGCCACAAGAGUCACUGCGAUCCGCUGAAGGAGUUCAUGUGUGCGGACAAGCAACAGUGUAUCAGCUACUUGUGGCGCUGCGACGGAGACAAUGACUGCGCUGACGGCAGUGACGAGGCGAAGAGCUUGUGCGCCAGUCUGCCCUGCAUGCCCGGACGGUUCAGGUGCAGGAACCACAAAUGUGUACCCAAGGCUAAUGUUUGUGAUGGAGUGAAUCAUUGCGGAGACGGCUCUGAUGAGGAACCUGUGGCUUGUCAGCACGCCAACCUAUGUGGGGCAGGAGACUUCCACUGCGCCAGAGGUCACUGUAUCAGCAGCAAGUUGCGUUGCGACGGCAACAACGACUGCGGAGACAACUCGGACGAGGUCGGCUGUCUCAAACCGCCCUGUGUGUUCGGUGCUUGUCCUCACACCUGUCAAGAGUACAAGAAGACGUUCAAGUGUGUGUGUGCGGAGGGCUACCAGUACAACAGAAUCAACAAUACGUGUAUAGCUCUAGGUGAGCCUGCAGUGCUCAUGGUCGCCAGUGACAGUGACCUUCAGUUCUUGAACCCAUACAAGUCUCACGAGAGUUCCGUCAACCAAGUGUCGGCCUCUCCCCAUCACAAGAUGGAUGCCAUGGAUGUGUUGUGGGCCAGACAAGCCACUAAGGUGUUUUGGGCGGAUCAUCAAGAGAAGAAGAUAAGCAGUUUGCUCAUCACGAUGUCGUCUCACACGCGAGUCGACAGAGACGCUCAGCCCAGGGAACCUAGAGUGCUGAUCAACAACCUGGUGGAGCCCCGAGGGCUGGCUGUGGACUGGGUGGCGAAGAGGCUGUAUUGGGUGGACGCUGGAGCAGACACGAUCUCUGUGGCCACUCUGGACGGUAGGAUGCGCCGGACACUGAUCAAGCUGGCGUUGGAUCAGCCGCACGACAUUGUGGUCGAUCCCAAGUCUGGUAUGAUGAUCUGGUCGGACUGGGGCGUGGUGUCCAAGAUUGAGACUUGUGGUAUGGACGGGGAGGGACGCCGUGUGCUGGUGGACGCUGUCAACUGGCCGACAGGACUGGCCGUGGACUACCCCGCCAGACGCCUCUACUGGGCUGACCCCAAGGCUCUGACCAUCGACAGUAUCUUGCUGGACGGACGGGGCAGACAGCUGGUGCACAAGUUUGCCCAAGGCCAGAAACCAUACAAGGUGGAGAUAUUCGAGGACUAUGCGUUCAUCAGUAUGUACCAGAGCAACGAUAUUUUGAGGAUCAACAAGUUUGGUCGAGGAAACACGACGUACAUCUCGCAAGGAUUGACAAGAGCCUCGGACAUUGUCAUUGUACACGAGCACAAGCAGCAGAACCUGACGGAUCCGUGUGCAAGUUCACCUUGUCACAAGACGGAGUUGUGUGUCAUUGCCAAGGGAGGCGGCGCGCACAAGUGUCUUUGUCCUGACGGUCUCGAACCCAGACUGGUACCGGAAACUAACAGUACGAUGGAGUGUGUGGCGGGGGCAGAAUGUCCUCUACAUUGUCACCUCGGUCAGUGUGUGGUGACGGAGACUGGGCCGCAGUGCAAGUGCCCACCACUGUACGACGGUGACCAUUGUAUGCAUAUAGUUGUAUUCUGUUGUAGAUGGAGUGUGUGGCGGGGGCAGAAUGUCCUCUACAUUGUCACCUCGAUGGAGUGUGUGGCGGGGGCAGAAUGUCCUCUACAUUGUCACCUCGGUCAGUGUGUGGUGACGGAGACUGGGCCGCAGUGCAAGUGCCCACCACUGUACGACGGUGACCAGUGUCAGCACUACUUGUGCUCACAACACUGCAAGAACAACGGAAUGUGUUUCCCUGACUUGCUACACUCAGGGACGGAUAGUACUCAGCCACCGCCUCUCAAGUGCUACUGUCCUCCUCAGUGGACUGGUGAGAGGUGUGAGGUUCCGGUGUUGUUGUGUGACAGCCGAUGUCUUAACGGAGGCACGUGUCUGACCCCACGACCAGGUCUGGCUCAGUGCAACUGUCCCGCUGGUUUUACUGGCUCUAGGUGUGAGAAGUGCACGGACUUGGUGUGUCAGAACGGUGGUGUAUGUCAACGCAGCAACUCUACAGGUAGUCUGCACUGCUCAUGUCCUAGUGGCUACAACGGCACACGCUGCGAGACUUCUCAUUGCGAGAACUACUGUCAAAACAAGGGAACGUGCAACCUGAGCCCAGACGGACCUGUGUGUCAAUGUCAGCCGGGAUACAGUGGCAAGAAGUGUGAGAAGGACGGAUGUGACAACUUCUGUCUAAACGGAGGCACAUGCAACGUAACAUCCAAGAAGCUGGUGUGCUGGUGCCGCCCAGGCUACGUGGGUCGCAGGUGUCAAGUAGAUACGUGUAACUGCUCGUGUGCGCCUGGCGACCCCACCUGUCUCUGUCCCCCCAUUCCCCCCGCCAACUGUACACAACACACGCCUGAGUGCGCUCAACACUGCCACAACGGAGGCACCUGCUUCAUCAGCGGCGGCAACCGAGUUUGCAGAUGUCCUGACGAGUGGGAAGGAGAAGUGUGUUCAGUGAGGCGGGGGUCCGAGUCAGUCAGCUGUGAAGACUAUUGCAUGCACGGCGGGGUCUGCAGUGUGGAGGACGGACUGCCCCGCUGUCAUUGUCUGGACUCCUGGACAGGCCCCCGCUGUGAGACUAGAGCCGUCUGUGACAACAAGUACUGCUUCAACGGUGGAACUUGCAAAGAGAGUCCUGACCGAGAUCUUGGCCCAGUGUGCACGUGUCCACCGCAGUUUGUAGGCGUGAGAUGUCAGACCAGGGUAGGUGCUGGGGCCUCGGCACCUGUGUUGGACUGGGAGGAGGACAAUAUAGCCAUUACCACACUGUUUAUACUGAUGUCCCUCGUACUUCUGGUUGUGGCAGGACUGGGAAUCACCUACUACAUCAUCAAGUUCAAGCGCAGUGGAAAAGGGUUCAGUCAUGUUCGAAUGCAAGAUAAUGUAGAGAUCAGCAACCCCAUGUAUCAGAGCCAGGAGCUGGAUGAUGAAGUUGAGAGAGAUUUUACUAUUGAAUCUGAUCGGGCUGCAAACUUUGGCAACCCUGUGUACGAGUCCCUUUACAACACGGCCAAUGGAAGCGAAGAGAAAAAGGGACUUCUACAAGGAGAAACCGUUAUGGAAAAACACCAUCCUCUGGUCAAUGAGAAAUUUUAGUCCUCGUCGAAGUUUUAGAAAAUAUCGAAAUGAGAUUUUAUUUAGUUAUUUCAAAGAGAGUUUAAGUAUUUUAUUAUAUAUUGCUGUACAAACGCAACGUGUAAGGUUAACUAUUCGAACGCAAGCACCAACAGUCCAAGAACUGUCCUUCAUUUAUAUGUGAUAAACUAAUGUUAUCGAUUAUGUAGAUUUUAUAGUUACGUGUCAUUUAUUUUACACUUUUGUGAUGUAUAGUCGUUUAAACUGUGUUAGAUGUAAGUAUAUAUGUAAGGUUAUGUUUCUACGGUCAAAACCAUGUUAGAAUACUUUGAAAUAUUUUACCUUUUGAAAAGUGUUUUAAAGAUGUAAAACUACUUGCUAUAAAACUUAGUUUUUUUAUAUUGAGAGCAAAAUUAUAUUUUCCUUACUAACUAAUCAAACCACUAGGCAAAACAUACUGUAUUUGAAGGCUUAACUUUUUGUCACUAACAACUAUUUGUGAACUGUUUAACUCCUACAACAACUGUAUUUUUUGUCCUUUUGUUUAUACAAACGGAAAACCAUAUAAUUUGGCUGUAAAUAUAAAUAAGCCAAAUUAGUUAAAAGACUGUUCUAACUAUCUACUUUACAUUUUAGUGUAGUCUAGUUAAGUUUUGACCUCAUGACAUUGAAUUUAUGAUUUAUUUUGCACAAACCUCUGUUUUCAAUUUAUUUAUAUGUUUUAUUUACAUGGGUUUCAUGUAUCCAGGGUUGUAUAAAAACUGCAGGCAGCUUUUAAUGAAUUGUUUUUAUAUUGUUUUAUAUUUUGUUAUUGUUAUUUUUAUACUAAAAUAUAUUUAUGAGCACUUUUACAAUGAAUUUAAUUUUGUUUAUGCCGAAAAACCACAAAUAAAAUAAAACUGUCAAUAAAGUUUAAGGUUUAUUGCACAAGAAAAUCAAACCUUACCCUUUUUCUAUUUUAUGAGUACAGCUCCCUUGAAUUGUAACAUUUUAAUCAUAAGAAAUACAUUGUACAAUAAUGAUCUUUACUUAGAGAAUCUCUUUUAUUGAUUUUAUAUGUACAUCACGUUAUGUUUGGUGCCAUGUAACCGGUUAUGUUUAGAUCCAAUUCAUCACAGGGUAAAAAAUUAAUUUACUUUUUUGUUGUUUAUAUCUGAUAAAAAGUAGCCAACUACUUUAAAAGCAAUCAGCUAUUGUAAAUAUGUAUCACUUAAGCAGGUUUAGUUUAAGUAACUCAACUAAAUCAUUUGUAUAAAGUUUAAAUUGUAAUUUACACUUUUAUAGUUAAGAAGUAAGAAUCCGAUUUCGUCCUAAAAUAUCCUAUUCAUUCAGUGCUAAAAAGAACAGUGUCCGAGGCAGCGUGUAAAUGAUUGUACAAGUAUUUGUUUUAUCUAGCAGUCUGGGGCAUCUAGCAAAUAGAUUAACGGCUUUGACCCUAAACUAUCUCCUUCUUAUGUUUUUUUAAGUUUGACACUUUUUUCCUUCUAUAUCAAUAUUCAGAGCUUAUUUAUGUUUUCUCUAUGGUGAUCUCGAUCUAUUUUCUAAACGCUAGGUUCAAGACAACUAUUUGUACGUCAUGGUUGCAUAUGAAAGUGCUUCUACUACCUGAUGGUUGUGCUCUCUAUGGUAACUAUUGUCACUUUUAUAUUUUUAAUUGUGCCAAAUAUUUCGCUAUUGUUUUUACACAUAUUUUUGUAAGUCAUUUAUUAGCAUGAUUGUACGAAAAUAAACAAAUUUUAGAUUAAA